UGCUUUUCUUUUUAUUUAUGUCUGACCUUCAGAGGUAUAAAAAUACACAAUAAAAUCAGUCAUUUGCUAGAAAGAAACCAAUUGAAUAAAAGAAUAGAACAGCUCGAUUUCUUCUCGUCUGGCUGUCAAAACUCAAAUUCAAAGCAGUCGCUUAUUUUCCUCCUCGGAUUGCGGACAUAGUGCAGUUUUGCUUUCAAAUAAUCAAUCAAUUUCUCGUCAAGAAAACAUAAAAUAUCAUCCACAAAAUAAGAAUUAGCUACUUCGGAGUGUAAAUAAUUAUUUUAUUAAGCUUAUCGAUAGCAAUCAAACAAGUAAUUCGACGGAAAAAGAUAAAAGAAAAUCGUGAAAAUAACAUCAUUGUGAUUGCCCUGCCAGAGAACACAUGGUUUAGUCGUGUAUUGUCAUACAAAACGAGUCACAUAUGUUUUCAUUUACAAACUGGAUGUAAACAAACUUGUGCGAAAAAUAAAUACAAAUAAAAACAAAACAAGCAGAUUAUGGAUUCAAUACGUGAAACUACUCCGUCGUCAUCUUCUGCCUCUGCCUCCGCAUCCAAUCCUCCCGAGGGUACACGACAGAACAGCCUACAACGUAUCCAACAGAGAAAAUUGAAGGUAUUCAAUCUGCCAUUGUCACAACAAUUGGCCAAGUUGUCGAUGUACUCCUCGUGUCAAGUGGAUGAGUGUCGAUGCACUGGCUGGAAGACAUCCCACGAGAAUCGUCAUCGUGACGACGAAAGUUCCUAUAGCCCUGAAUUCAAUGAGAAAUGCAGGAAUCCAGCCUGUAUGCAUCCUCUUCAAAACCAUAUUUCCCAUCUAACUGGGAUUUCAAGUCAACAAAUGAAUGAACUUCUGGGAGCAAUUAUUGACAUGGAAAAUCUCUUCAUGAGUAUGCAACGAGUCGAUGACGACGACACUAAGAAGGUUUAUAUGUAUCUCUUUAGGCUAUUGAGGCAAUGUGUGAUAAGCAGACAGCAUCCAGUGAUUCGUGGACCAUUGGGUGAUCCGCCAUUUGAGUCGCCGUGCAUCGCCAAGUCGAUUUCGAGUUUUGUUUUCUACAAGUAUAAUCAUUUGAGUCAACCGGAACUUAGCACAAUGACUGAGGUGGCGAAGACGUUUUUGAAUUUCCUCAAUCACUACAAUUUCGAGCCCCCUUCGGUGCGAAGAGGCGACAUUACGCACGAGGAUGCGUCGAGUUAUAAAAUCAACUACACACGGUGGUUGGUGUUCUGUCAUGUGCCGGCCUUUUGCAACUCCCUCAGGCAUUUUGAGACUUCACUGGUUUUUGGAAGGAACCUUCUAAAGACGGUGUUCCAAGGGAUGUCGCAACAGUUGAAGAAGAAAUGCAUUUCGGAGCGAGAACGCUUCCCUGCCGACAAAAGAGCCAUCAUCACUCAAAUGCCAAAAUUCCUCGAGGCUCUUAAGGCCGAAAUUGUUCGAGACGAUUCGCCAAUUUGGGACCAAUCGUAUCGCCCUCCAAAUACCUUCCUCUCGCAGCAACUCAAAAGACAGCAGGAAACUCCUGGAGGGAGUUCCAGGCGUUCGGGAGAAUCGUCGCAGAAGAGACUCAAGAAGGAACCAGAGAGACUCUCCGAGCCUGAGGACCUCUCCGACGAGACAGUUCUACGUGCAAUCAAGGCCAUCAGUGAAACGAAAGCAUCAGCCAAGACGGAAGUUCUCUUUCCGGAAAAUGUUUCUCGCGACGAGAUAGUCAAGGCAGAAGAACUUAAGGGCGACAUACAGUUUCAUGUGAUUGGAAACACCCUCAGUUCACCGGUGGAAAGACAAAGCAUGCUGUGGCUAUUGGGGAUGCAAAGUGUAUUUGCCCAUCAACUGCCAAUGAUGCCUCGGGAGUAUAUUAGUCAGUUGCUCUUCGAUACGAAGCACAAGACUUUAGCUGUAAUAAAAGAUAAUCAGCCUAUUGGUGGGAUAUGCUUUCGGCCGUUCCCCACCCAGGGCUUCACAGAGAUUGUGUUCGUGGCUGUGAUCAUGAGCGAGCAGGAAAAGGGAUAUGGAUCGCAUCUGAUGAACCAUUUGAAAGACUAUAGUAUCCAGCGUGGAAUUAGGCAUUUUCUGACGUAUGCCGAUGAGCAUGCCAUCGGGUAUUUCAAAAAACAGGGCUUCUCGAAGGACAUCAAGUUGGCGAGACCUAUUCAUGCUGGCUUCGUAAAGGAGUACGAUAGGGCCACCAUGAUGCACUGUGAACUGCAUCCCAGCAUUGUCUAUACCCAAUUUAUAUCGGUGAUCCAGAAGCAGCGUGAAAUUUUGAAGGAGCUCAUCGCUCAACGGCACAGCGAAGUGCAGCAAGCACGUCCGGGACUGACAUGUUUCAAGGAGGGUGUUCGAUGCAUACCAGUUGAGUCGAUUCCUGGCCUGCGGGAAAUCGGAUGGAAACCGCAGAUGAGGACGCAGCGAACGUCGCGUCCUUCAGAAGAACACGCUGAUCCUGAUAAGCUUGCAACGUCCUUUGCAACCGUGUUGCAGGCAACGAGACAGCAUGCCGCUGCCUGGCCCUUCUUGAAGCCAGUGGUUGCUGCCGAAGUUCCUGACUACUACCAUCACAUCAAAUAUCCCAUGGACCUAAAGACAAUGGGUGAGCGAUUGAAGAAAGGUUACUAUGUGACCAGGCGAUUAUUCAUGGCCGACAUGGCAAGGAUAUUUUCGAACUGUAGAUUCUACAACCAGCCAGACACAGAGUAUUACCGUUGUGCCAAUUCACUCGAACGUUAUUUUCAAACCAAAAUGAGGGAACUUGGAUUGUGGGAUAAGUAGUAGUGCCCACACGACGAGGGCAAAGCGCCGAGACCUGAGACUCCUCGGCUUCUCUCAAGAAACUAAUGAAAUUUGUUAUUUGCUGUUAUUUACUAAUUAAACCAAAAACAACCCCGACUGAAAUAAAAUCAUCACAUAUGUAUACAAUUUAUUUUA